GGUACUAUUUAUACUGCCUUUGCCAAGUUCAAAUAUUCUCUACAUCUCAACCCACUGACCUUCAUUAAAAAGUCCCCUAAAUCAACAGAAACGAUAACCUUGCCCGACACAUACUUACAACAAUAUGGCACCAUCUUCCACGAUGAAUCUUAUGCUUUCUAUCCUUGGAGCCGUGGCUGCCAAGGUUGCUGCCGCCAAUCUGGAAUCUCCUCUUCCGGGUUACACUUCCGUUCCCAUGACUUGGUACGGCAUCAAUGAGAUCAGUGGCUCCAACGUCACUAUCAAUGGCACAAUCCAGGAGAUUCAAGAUCAGAUUCUGUUGGCAAAUCAGUCCAUCAAGUGGGUUGUGCCGACUACCAAUACCAAACGAUACAUCGUUCCUCGCGAUAAGACUUCCAUCAACUGCGGCGUUGGUGGAAACGGCCCCGCGGAGAAUACUUAUCUCCAGGAUGGCAUCGAUCAUCUCAACAGCGUUACCGAUCAUCCAUGCAUCAUGGAGGCCGGACCUGGUGUCUGCACACGCGUUAGCUGCUCUGACGAUACUGCCAUCUGGGUUUGCAACGAUAACUCGUACGAAAUUCAGCAUAGUUGCCCCGAUCUAGCCACUUAUGCAGUUGACAUCCGUGCCAAGUGCCACUCUUACACGGUUGAGAUGACUAUCCGAGGAGAGGAGUACGAUUCUGGCAAUUUCCAUGUGGUGGUUGGAGGAGAUAGUUGCUAGACAGAUAACGAGAGGCCAGUGUAAUAUGGUUGGUACAGUCAAAGGGUCCACUAGGCUCGCUGAAGAUGAAAGGCGAGGGUAGCCGGAUGCAACUCAUACUAACCUAGGUACCUAGCUAAGGAGAUGUGAGUUUAUAGAUAAAUUCCAUCGUUCUUGUUAUUAUUUCCUGUUCCUGACCUUCCAUACGGACGAAGGUAUACAUGUAUCUACAUGAAUCCCAGUUUGUGACAUUGAAUAUGGAAAGCUUUCCAUGAAGCAGUGAUACUGUAAUACGAGAAACCCGCUUGCAUAGUCCGUGGAACUGAUCGCGUGGAAUCUUUAAUUGUUGUCAUGUGGCACAUAGGUACCUAGCAAAGAUAGGUAGUGAAAAUAUAAUACGUGGUCGCUGUAGUGAUUCGUGAAGGGUUCAAUGUUCGCAUCCAUGAACACCCUAGGUUAAGUACAGUAUGUUGAAGAGCGCAUGAUGUUUGUUGAACACCGUUAAAUUUCGGUACGUAUUAUGCAUGUACUACAUACUAUGUAGUUAUAUGCUAGUAGGGAUGUGUAGGUAGAUUUGAUUACGUAAUUUACUCCCCAUAUUGAUUCAAGGCAGCUGCCAUUGUAGAAUGGGCUCUUGUAGA